AGAGGCGCUGUAUAUAGUGUAAAGUGACAUAAGACUAAUCCAUGGGUCGUCCAGCAUCGUCGAUUGAUAAUAAUUGUUGGAAAACAUAUCUUUUUACAUAUGAUUGAAAAUAAGUGAAAUAUUUUAUCUUAAAUCUAUAUCUUUCUUGAUAUUUUUGUAAUAAUUAAGAUUAAUAUAUAUGUACAUUCGUAUAUGUAGGUUGCAUACGGAUACAAACCAUACAUACACGUAUACGUUUCUUGCGUUCGCGCACCCUAUAAAUAUAUAAUUUGUAUGUGCUCUGUGUGCGCGUGUGUGUGUGUGUGUGCGCGCGCGUGUGUGUGUGCGUGUAUAUGAACAUAAUGUGAGUUUGCUGAAGUGAAUCGUGUACUGAUUUUCAUUGCAAGCUGAAUUGUCUGUAUUGGCGUUCUGUUUUUAUUAAUGACGUUUCAAGUAUAAUAUAUAAUUAAGAAUAAUGGGUGUUGGCCUUAAACCAUUAGAGUUUACUGAUUGUUUAACCGAUAGUCCGUAUUUUCGAGAAAAUCUACAUUAUCAUGAACGUGAAUUGGAAAAGACCAGCCAGCAGAUUAAACGUCUCAUCAAGGAGGUCAAAGAUCUACUGUUAGCCGCUAAGAAUUUAUCCCGAGCCCAGCGAGCAUUUUCUAAAACACUGCAAAAUUUUAGUUUCGAAUGUAUUGGAGAAACACAAACUGAAGAUGAAACUCACAUAUCGCAAAGUUUAAAGGAAUUUGGUAAACUGAUAGCAUCAAUAGAGGAUGAAAGGGACCGCAUGCUUGAACGCGCUUAUGAUCAAAUUAUACUUCCUUUGGAAAACUUCAGAAAGGAACAUAUUGGUGGUGUUAAGGACGGGAAGAAAAAGUUUGAAAAACAGACUAUUAAGUUUUGUCAAAGUCAAGAACGUUAUCUAAAUCUAUCAACAAAAAAGCAGGACAAUGUUCUUCAAGAGGCGGAUGCAACGUUGGAAAUGGCCAAAAGACAUUUUUGCCAAGCUAGUUUAGAAUAUGUGUUCUUGUUGCAAGAGGUUCAAGAACGGAAGAAAUUUGAAUUUGUUGAAACAUUACUAAGUUUUAUGUUUGGUUGGUUAACGUUCUACCACCAAGGUCACGAGGUAGCAAAGGAUUUUAAACCAUACAUGACUGAAUUACAGUUAAAGAUACAAAAGACUAGAGAGAAUUUUCUUGCCACCCGGGAUAAAACCGAGUCACUUAUGAAUAAAAUGAAGGAUAUGAAAAAGUCCGCAGUGGAGACAGGAUUGAACAAACUGCAUUCUCGUGAAGGAUAUUUAUUUCUAAUGGAAAAAAAGGCUUUUGGUACAACAUGGACGAAACAAUAUUGUACAUAUCAAAAGGAUACAAAAGAAUUUACAAUGAUCCCAUACAAUCAACUUACAGGCAAAUUUAGUAGUAAAGAAACUCUCACACUGGCAUCAUGUAUAAGACGUAUGUCGGAUACAAUUGAAAAACGCUUUUGUUUUGAUAUCACAGCUAUCGAUAAGCCUAAUGUAACAUAUACAUUUCAAGCAUUAUCCGAAGAAGAUAGAAAAUUAUGGAUGGAUGCGAUGGAUGGCAAAGAACCAAGUUAUCCUUUAGUAGGAACAUCAGUUAAAACAGAAGAAAAUAUUUUGGACGAAACAGGAUUCAUGUUUGUAUCUAAAUGUAUUACAGUCCUGGAAGAUAGAGGUCUAGAAGAACAAGGCCUAUAUCGAGUCGUUGGUGUUGCCUCUAAAGUAAACAAACUCUUAGCUAUGGGUCUCGACAGAAGAAAAUUAGAAAAACUUUCUUUAGAAGAUCGUUUUGAAUGGGAAAGUAAAACUAUAACCAGUGCAUUAAAAACAUAUUUACGAACACUUUCCGAACCAUUGAUGACUUUCCGAUACUAUAACAGUUUCAUUUCAGCUGCGAAACACGAAGUGAAAGAAACACGAAUAAAUGAAAUACAUGGUCUUGUCUAUCGGCUACCAAAGACAAACUUCAAUAUGCUGACUUUGCUUAUACCUCAUUUACACAAUGUAGCAAAUAAAAGUGAUAAAAAUUUAAUGACGGUUGGUAAUCUAGCUGUCUGCUUUGGCCCGACAUUAUUAAGGCCAGAGGAAGAAACAGUGGCCUCUAUAAUGGAUAUUAAAUUUUACAAUAUUGUAGUAGAGAUAUUAAUUGAAAACUGUGAAGUUAUAAUUGCCGGUCCUCCACAAGAUAUUUUACGCACAACACAAAUGAUACAAAGCAUGGUUACACCUACAGUAAUGACCGAAGCAGAUGAGGGUCCUACUACUUCCGGAAACGGAAAUUCUUUGUUAAGAUACCCAGUGCAUAGUUCUGUUUCGAUACCACAUACACAUCAUGUUACAAGAUCUUAUUACGAUGGGCCCUUAACAAUUACGACCAAGUCACCUUCUAUAGAUGAUAGAAAAAAUGGUGAUUACGAGGACAUUGAUCCAAGUAGUCAUCGUAUUCCUGCAUUUAUAGAGAAUCGAAGUGGACGAGUUAAAUUAACCAAUUCGAAUCUUAUGUACCAUUCAGCGGAUAAAGUGCUUACCAGUGGUAACACAAGCAGUUCAAGUGAGUCAAUUGCGUCAGAUCCACAUCCAUUUACAACAAAUAUACCAGUCAAACAAAAGCGUGGAACUGCUAUGACAACGCAUUAUCCUGCUAAUUAUCCACGAAGUAAUCCCACAAUAUCUAUCACCAACACAUCACCAAGUAGUGGUCGUUCGAGUCCUGGCCAAAUGCCUGGGAUCUGGAGAGUACGGACAUUAUACGCCUGUUUGGCUGAAGGCGAUGGGGAAUUAUCAUUUGAACCAAAUCAAAUUAUUACAAACGUUAAAGCUUCCUUAGAGCCUGGAUGGUUAGAAGGCACCUUGAAUGGGAAAACAGGACUAGUUCCAAAAAAUUAUGUUGAACAGUUACCCUGAAGUUAAAGUAACCAAAGAGUGCCUGUGUCGCAUGAAAUCAUAUUUACAUUCCAUAUGCACACAUAUCUGACCGCCGCAUGUAGAUUUAUAUAUAGCGGAUAAGAUUUUCAACCAAACUGAUAUCAUAUGUGAAACGCAUAAUCGUGAUUAUAUCUUUCUUUGGGUACAACGUAUUGUAUGGUUUAAUAUAUGAAUCAUAUUCCUUAGUGUGUGUGCAUCUGUGUGCAUGAUUUGAGCGAUAUUUUGGCAAUCGCAGAAAAGAAAAAUGAUGAUCGAGGUGUCGCUAAGGUGUCGUCUAAAAUAAGUAAUAGAAAGCGAAAGCAUGUGCAUUGGAAAGUCUAAGCGAAAUUGUUAUUCCGAUAAUAUCAUUUUAUACAAAAAACUAAAUUAAUUACUUCUAUCACACUGAACAGAAGGGAAACUUCCUUACAGUACAUAGUCAAUUAUAAUUAUACAUUUGUAUGUAAACGUACACUUAUUUAUUAGAAAAACUUUUCUCCCCCACCUCUCUCUCUCUCUCUCUCUCUCUCUCUCUCUCUCUCUCUCUCUCUCUCUCUCCAAGUAAUUAUGCUGUAUAUAAAGUUACGUAUAGAAAAUAUAAUGCAUACACGAAUUUAUAAUAGAAUUAAUAAUAUAUCUAAUAUAUAUAAGUAAAUUUUUACUGAAGAUAUCGCACCAAUACAUACAUACACACAUAUAUAUAUAUGUAUAUAUAUAUAUACAUAUAUAUAUAUAUAUAUAUAGGCUAUCCCAAAACUGAUAAUUAAUAUUUGAGAGAUUGAAAGGGAAAAAUUUAGAGACAGACGAAGUUUCUUUUGUCACUUUUUUCUCCGGUCAUUAUUUACCUAAUUAUGCACUACGGUAAAGAUAAUGCAUUAGGGUAUCCGAAUCGUCGUUGCCCAUAUCUACAGGCAUUUACGCGAUUAGAUAUUUAUAUGCCAACUAAAAAUCGCCUAAUAGCUAUAAGGUAUUGGAGGUAAAGUCCCGAAGUAUUAAUAAUCUGAAAAUAGAGGAAGAUAUGCCGGCUCGAGUGGUGGACAACGAGCUGUUGAAAAUUCGCAAGAGCUAUCAGCAUUUUGAAGGCAACAAUUAAUCGUAUACUUUGAUUUUACUUCGUAUACUCCUUGUUCGAUCAAUUUAAUCAAAUAAUUGUCAUAUAACUUACUGUCAUUGAAGAAUAACCGAAUAGAAAGAUGACAAAAUCACUAUCAUUCCCAAAUUUUAUCCUUUUUGAUUUUCUUAAAGUACAAUUAUGAGUUUUGGGACACCUUGUACACACACGUUCGCGGGCGCCCACACACACACACACAUUUUUAGAAAUUUCUUGAAACAAUAGUCUUUUUUUCUCAAGAUUAUUUGAAUUGCUGUAUUAUAUAAUAUACAACAUAGUAUAUAGCAAUAAUCAUAAUGUGAUAUGAAGUAAACAAAUAUAAGUUGUAAUUGUUAUUCUAUUAUGCUUUUACGAAUCAUAAUAUUUAUCAUGUACAUCAAAUGAAAUAUCAUAAUGUAUUAUCAAUAAGUACUAUAAAUGAUUGUCAAAGAGACAAAAUAUAUAUAAAUAUAAAUAUAAAAACAUGUUUAUUUUCUUA